AUGGAAGCUGAGAAACGAAAGAAGCAACAACAGCCAAGCUCUAAGGGGCCUGUCUUUUCAAGAAACAACCCUAGUCCCAGAGCAACCCCUUACUCUCGGCCCAUGUCAUCCUCGGGUCCUUCUGCGUUGGUCGUUCGGCCUGUUAACUAUGCCAGAUCGUCCGGUCAACCGGGGAGUGUGAACUGUUUCAUCUGUGGAGGACCCCAUUUCAUGAAAGACUGCCCCAAGCAAGGAAAUGCCAAGUACUGUGUCCGGUGCAGAAGGAAUGGACACUGGGAGAGGGAAUGCAAUAUGGGGGACAGAGCGUUCUCAAGGCCACCAAACAUUGGCAGGUUUCAACAAGGAGGUGGCCGAGCACGAGCAGCUGGCCGAGUCUAUGCUAUCACAGGAGCUGAAGCGUCCACUCCAAGUAACCUCAUCACCAACACUUGUUUAUUGCAUGGAAUGCCUUGUUGUGUAUUGUUUGAUUCGAGGGCAACACAUUCCUUCAUCUCGAAGGCAUGUGUGGAUAGACUGGGUUUGGCCGAGAGAGAGAUGCAGCUUGAUUUGGUGGUGUCAACCCCAGUAGUUGGUGAGGUUAGGACGUCCAUUGUAUGUGUUAGAUGUCCUAUUGAGGUAGAAGGGUAUAAGUUUAAGGUGAACCUCAUAUGUUUGCCUCUUCAAGACUUAGAAGUAAUCCUAGGGAUGGAUUGGUUAACCUCCAAUCACAUUCUUAUUGAUUGUGGGAAGAAGAAGUUAAUUUUCCCAAGAGAAGAAGAGAAGCUGACCUUGACGCUCGGUCAGAUCAAAGAGGACCUGAUUGAAGGCGCCAUGAGUUUCUUCAUCCUGACGUAUAUGGACGUAAGUGGAGCAGACCGUUCGGUUGGAGACCGUUCGGUUAUUGAUGAAUUUCUAGACGUCUUUCCGGAAGAGGUGUCAGGCCUACCCCACCAAGAGAGGUUGAGUUUUCCAUUGACUUGA